AUGGAAUUAGAAGAAAGUGCAUCAGAUUCUAAGCUCCAUAAAGAAAGCUUAGUAAAGAAAGAGUUGCGGCCAUCAAGUGCAGUUUCUUUUUCCAAAUCUGAACAUGGACCAGCUGAAGCUUCUACAUCAUUAGAACAGCUAAAACAAUAUAAAAGCUGGGUGAGUAACGAAAGAUGGAAUGAGUUGAAGAAAAUAGCGGAAACUGCGAUGAAAGAACGAAAAGUAUUUAUGAUAAAAGGGGGUGGCUUCCCCGCUGUGCGACGGGCGCUUCUUGAAAGAGGCUGGGUCGAGAAGUAUGAGUCACAUAAGGUUCGUCAUCCACCUUCAAAUGUAGAUCCUAAAAAAGCCUCAGGAAAAGAACUAACUAAGGUGGAACGAAUGAUCCUUUAUAAAUUUAUGGAGCACCACUCUGUUGACUUUUUAUGGACAACGAAGCGAGACAAAUACGAUUGGUUGCUAAGUAAUAAAGAAGUUAUAAUUAGCAGGUUUUGCAGAUCAACUUUUACUACUAAAGAAGGUUUAACAUCGUCUCUAACCCAGAUGCAUUGGUACACGGAACCAGGUGUAGCGUUCACUAAAUUUCCACGUUGUUAUAAUAUCCACAGCACUGAUAGCUUAGAGGAAUUUAUUGAUGAUUUUAGAAUAACAGCUUGCAUAAGCAUUCUGAAAUGGCUAUCUAUUUCUUUACAAGAUAACAAUGAACAAAGCUUGAUCUCAAAUAAUGGAAAAAUACCGUUUAGUUCUAUUGAUUUCGCGAUAAGUCGUUUAAACGAAUAUAUUUCUUUCUUUACCCAUAAAGAUAUUGAUGAUACUGAGGAUCAAACGCAGCAUAUUUGGGAACACGAAUGGGAUUUAUUUCUAACUCAUCAUUAUUUACUAGUACACGAAAACUCUAAGUUUUUAGAAGAUAAAAAUACAAGUCUAAGACAAUUGGAACGAAAAGCUGCAAAAAUCUUAGCUACAAUGACAAAAUUUUGGCCACAGAUAGACAUCGAUGGAGUUUUUAACAUAUGGAUCGUUAAACCAGGAAACAAGUGUCGCGGGAAAGGCAUCCAAUUAAUGAACAACAUCAAAGAUAUCGUGGGCCUAAUAAAUAUUCCAGCGCAAAAAACUAGAUAUGUAGUGCAGAAGUAUAUUGAGAAUCCUUUAAUAAUUUAUGAUACAAAAUUCGAUAUUCGACAGUGGUUUUUAAUUACAAAUUGCCAACCUCUAACGAUCUGGUUAUAUAAGGACAGUUAUUUGCGGUUUAGUUCGCAAAUAUUUAGCUUGUCGAACUAUCAUGAAUCUGUGCAUCUUACAAAUAAUGCCGUUCAAACGAAGUAUAAAAACAAUGGGGAUCGAGAUAAAGCAUUGCCAGAUGAGAACAUGUGGGAUUGUCAUACGUUUAAGGCUUACCUAAGACAGAUAGGAAAAUAUGAUUUAUGGGAUACAAAAAUUUAUCCGGGAAUGAAACAGUGUUUGAUUGGAGCUAUGUUGGCUUGUCAAGAAACGAUGGAUAAAAGGCAAAAUAGUUUUGAAUUAUAUGGUGCUGAUUUUAUGUUGACUGAAGAUUUUACGCCUUGGCUCAUAGAAAUUAACUCUAGUCCAGACUUGGCACCGACGACAUCAGUUACUGCUAGAUUAUGUCCACAAUGCCUUGAAGACGUCAUAAAAGUUGUACUCGACAGGCGUCAUAAUUCCGAUGCUGAUACUGGAACCUUCGAAUUAGCUUAUCGACAAGUUAUACCAAAGGCCCCAGCUUACCUAGGAUUAUCACUAUGCAUUAACGGAAAACGUCUUGUUAAGAAGACAAGGGAUCGUAAACACGAAUCAAAAAACAUCACUCCAUUAGCGCCGCGUGUAUCUUCUGGCGAUGCUCUUCCAGAUGCUGAGCAACCUCCAGAAUAUAACGGCCCUAUAAUAACGGAUUUCCUGACAUGGUUAAACCCUUACGAUUCUUUGCCAAUAAACAAAGACGGUUUAUUGUUAGGCCCUAAAGAGUCCCUUACGGUACGUCAAGCUGUUGCAGCUGUAAAAUCGAGUCAAACCCUUAAGAACUGUAAAAAGCGUAAAACAUCCGCGCUCUCUUCUAGGACUCAUCGAAGAAAAAACGCAGAACCUAAACGUCGAAUUAUCCCACAUUCCUGUUGUCGACCAGAAGACUACCAAGCCGUCAAUCACGCCGGUAAAUAUCGAACAGAAUCUGCCAGCAAAUCUCAAAAACCCAAAAUUGAUCGUUCUGUUGGUAACAAGCGAUGCUACAUAGACCCUAUUGAAUGGGAACGAGAAACGGCUAGUAUUUUACGCUCUACAAUAUCUGUUCAAAAUAAAAUGUCAGCUCGAACAGAAACUGUAGUACCAAUUAUUCGGCAAACUAAAUCAGAAAUCAUUACCGCACAUCAUAAAUCUAUAUUAGAACCUUUAAGUUCGCGUAGCUGUGUUGAUAAUGAAAAUACUAUUAAGAAGUUAAGUGCAAUCGGUAGAAGUAUUUGUAAGUUGCGAGAUGAAAGUGCAACUAAGAAAACAAUUUCAUUUUCGAAAAGUUGUACUUCUAUAUACACACCAUAUCGAGUUACUGUUACUCCACUUAAAGAUGACCAUAAAAACUUGUACCUUAAUACUAAAACUACCAUG